CUGUUAUAAAGCUGCUUUUUUUGCUGAACAUAGCCAUUUUUUCAUUGGUUAGAAUGCGCAAGCACACGAAGGCUGUGUCCUGCCGGUUCUGCGAGUGCGUUCCGAAAUUCAUUGCCAGUGAUUCCAUCACCGUAGUGAGUGUAUUGGAGUGUGCUAUGUAACUAUAAAUAAUUUAUAUUAAUUAUCGAUAAUAAAUUUAUCGCUGCAAUGUCGAUCAAUACAUUAUGCGCUGCAUUUCGCAAAAUUGCGAUAGGCAGAAUAAGUACUGCCGCUGCAAGAUAUUCAACACAACAAUCAAGCUGCCAUGCAAAUGUUUCCCAUUUAACAUUUGAGAAUUGCAUCCGAUGUGAUACAGGAUUGAGACAUCACAUUAAAUUCAUACCAGGAACAUUUAACAUAGACUUUGGGAUGCCUGCAAGCGGAGGUUUAAUAAGAAAUAUUAUUGAAACACCUGUUAUCAAGAUUCCUCCAUUGAAAGAGCCUGCGGAGCGUUUGCCCAUUCAAUAUGAUUCUCCUAUAUCAGAAAAGUCUGUAGAUCUGCCUACGAAUGGAAGUAUUAUUGAGAAACGGGUAGAGAACAUGUUAAAAAUCAGGCAUAAGAAAAUGAAGAAACACAAACGAAGGAAACUACGCAAGAGGAUGAAAUUUGUAUGGGCAAAGAUAAAACUUAAGAGGCGUCAGAAGAAGGAAACAUUAUUUCAGACCAAUUUAAUUGCCAAAGUUAAGGAAGCGCAAGCGUUUAAUGCUGAAGAGUAUGUCAAUGAGAAACUGAAUAUCUUAAAUAAGGAGAGACUACCGAGAACUUUCAGAGGAGAGAUUUUGCCUUCUGAGAUGAUUAAGCAAUUCAUAAAUGAGAAAAGAGUGAAGAAGGAGUCUAAACGUAACAGACCUCGUUUAACUCUAUAACUUGCGAUGUACACAAGUCUUGGUAAUAAAAUGUUAUCAUGGUAA